CUUUGGAUCAGAGUGGCAGAAGAGAUGGUGUGUUGUCAGCAGAGGCCUCUUCUGCUACUAUGCUAAUGAGAAAAGCAAGCAGCCCAAAGGGACCUUUCUCAUUAAGGGCUACAGCGUACGGAUGGCCCCCCACCUGCGAAAAGACUCCAAGAAAGAAUCCUGCUUUGAACUGACCUCCCAGGAUAGGCGCAGCUACGAGUUUACAGCUACUAAUCCUGCUGAAGCCAGAGACUGGGUGGAUCAAAUAAGUUUCUUGUUAAAGGAUCUGAGUUCCUUAACCAUUCCAUGUGAAGAGGAGGAAGAGGCGGAGGGAGAGGACGAGAUGUAUGAUGAUAUCGAUGGCCUUGACUCCCAAAAUUCCGGUCCCCAGCGCAGACCCAUUAUCUUGCCUGGGAGUCUAGGACUGAAACAGCCCUCAGAGGAGAAAGAAGAAGAAGAAGAAGAUAUUUACGAAGUCUUACCAGAUGAAGAUCUCGACCUAGAAGAGGACGAGAGUGGCGCUGGACAGAAAAGAGUGGACUAUGCCAGUUAUUACCAGGGCUUAUGGGAUUGCCAUGGUGACCAGCCAGACGAACUGUCCUUCCAGCGGGGUGACCUCAUCCGCAUUCUGAGCAAGGAGCAUAACAUGUAUGGCUGGUGGGUAGGAGAACUAAACAGCCUCAUUGGGAUUGUUCCAAAGGAGUACCUCACAACUGCCUUUGAAGUAGAAGAAAGAUGAAGCCCAGGACAUGUAUCCUUCUCUCUAGCCUGCCUUUAUGAAGAAACUGAUCAAGAGCUCCCACUGCCCACCUCUGCUACCCCACCAGCACCACGGACUCCUCUCUUUACUGAAGAGACCCACAUCUCUGACACCUGUUAGUAACUGUAAACCCUCAAAGCACAAGUGGGAAGAGGCAUAUUCAGCAGACCUGUUACUACGCCUGCCUUGUCACAGCUCAUUCCAUCUCUAAACACGCCCGCACAGCCAUGUCCGCCCUUCCCACAGGCUUGUCACAGAGCAGGCGAGAGAGAAGGAAACCUCCUGUCGAAGGUUUUUCCUUUGGAGAAGGGAGUCUCUGCUUGUUUUGUCUGAUUUGAAAAGCACAAAUAAAUUUUUGAUUUGGCUCCUGGC